GGUCAAUGGGUUAGUAAAGUGCAGUCAAGUGUUAACCGAACAUGCAAGGCUCUACCCUGUUCUUUGUUGUCGUCUGCCUGGCGGGUAGUUGCGUGCUCGCACUGCCCCGGCCAGACGAUGCGCAGGCGGAGGUCAUUCGACUGGAGACGGACAACAAUGGCGUCGACAAAUACUCAUUCAACUACGAGACGAGCAACGGCAUUGUGCGCAGCGAGGAGGGCGUGCUGAAGCCGGGCGUGGGCGAUGCCGAGGGCGUGCUCACUGUGUCCGGCUCCAGCAGCUGGACGGCGCCGGAUGGCAAGAAAUACGAGAUUACCUUUACGGCUGACGAAACGGGCUAUCAUCCCACCAUCAAGCUAGUUGCCUAGACACUACAACGGAUCCCAGCGGAACACCACGAAAGACACAACACC